AUGGAGGAAAUGGGUACAGGUAAGAAAAGACAGCAACAAGAGUCAAUGAUAGGUGAGUAUGAAAAGAUUGAAGAGUCUCACAAUUAUAACNCUUUUUUUUCCAGACUCUUAGGUCACUUUUGCCGCAAGAAAACAAAAUUUAUGAAAACUCUCANAAUUGCGUUUCAGAGCCCUGCAAACAGAGGAGGCAAUGGCCACACCGAGCCACCUUUCUUGACAAUGGUUCAGUAAAAAAAAAAAACAGAACCAUUGUUUCAAGAAAAAAAUGUACUUAUGUGUGCAUAGUUUCUAAACAAAAACACCCAAAAAAACCCAAAACACAAACACACAAACACACAUCUGACACCACAAACUGAAAAAAAAAAAAAAAAUCAAAGCUCUCAUCGAUCUUUGAUUUUUUUUUUCAGUGAAUACAAUUCUUUUUUCACAUUCUUUCCCUUUUGUCUCUCUUGUUUGUUUCUUCUCUUGUUCAUUGUUUUCUUCUUCAACACCAUUGUUCAUCACACACAUACACCCACCCACCCACAUGAACAAAACAUUUAGAUUAUUUGGAGUUGUAAUUCAUCAGCAAGUCUCACACUUUUUUUUUCUUUUUUUCUUCUUAAAACAUUUGUUGAUUGGUUAAUUGGGGAAUAAAGAGUCCUUUUUUAUUUAUUUUA